AUGGCUGCAGAAGGUAUUGAUGAAUUGGUUUCUGAUUUCUAUAUAUUUUAUUCUGAUAAAGUCAUUGAUCCUCUUAGCCCUCAAGAUUUAGGAUUUCUUAUUAGAAUGUUUUGUGUAAAAUUGCUUCAUAGGAGGGUUGGAGAUCGAAUUCAUGGGUGGUAUCAGAUUUAA